AUGUCAAAUAUAUCAUCAUAUGAAAAUACAGUCGAAUUAUUCAAUAAUUUAACAGUUCAAAUUGAUCGAUAUUUUACUGUAUUUAUAUUUAUAUUUGCUGUUGUGGGUAAUAGUCUUAAUGUUCUUGUUUUAUCACAACGAACACUACGUUCAAAUCCAUGUGCUUGGCUUUUUCUUACUUCAACUAUAGCUGAUCUUAUUUCAGUACUAUUUGGUCUUACAACACGUAUUCUAGCUGGUUGGGCAACAGAUCCAACAAACACAAAUUCUUUAUUAUGUAAAUUUCGUGGAUUUAUUUUAUUUAGUUCACGAACAACUGCAUUUUGGCUUAUUGCAUUAGCUACUGUUGAUCGAUGGAUUGCAUCAAGUCGAAAUGCUCGUUAUCGACAAAUGAAUACAUUAAAAAAUAUUAAAAUUUGUUUUAUAAUCGUAGUUUUUAUUUCAAUUUCAAUUUAUAGUCAAAUAUUUUAUUGUUAUAAAGCGAAUCUAGUUAAUACACCAUUGAAAUGCUAUGGAAAAUCAUUUGUAUGUCAAGUUAUUUCGGAUACAUUAUAUGGUGGUAUUAGUGUAAUAUUACCUUUGAUAUUAAUGAUAGUUUUUGGAUUAAAAACAAUUUUUAAUAUUCACCAAAUUCAAAUUCGUGUACAUCCACGACAAAUAAUAACUAUAGGUCAAAAUAAUCCAAGUAAAAUUAUUCAUUCAAAAGAACAAUCGAUUCAAUGGAAAAAACAAGAUCGUCACUUAUUUUCUGUAUUAAUUACUCAAGUUAUUGUACAAGGUAUAUUAACUCUUCCACAAGUUGUUGCGAAAGUUUAUAUAACAUCAACUACGUUUCAAAUACAAACACCAUUAAAAUCAUCUUUUGAUCAUUUUAUAUAUAAUAUUGCACUUCUUCUAUCUUUUGUAGCUAAUGGAAUGCCAUUCUAUAUUUAUACAUUAUGUGGAGGUAGUAGUUUUCAAAAACCAUUAUUACAUAUUAUACAUGUCAUUAUUAAAAAACCAAUGUAUUUUAAAUAA